AUGAUUUCAGCUACAUCAAUAACAAACAGAAUCUGUGGUGUUGCGAGCAGCGCCGAUCUUUUCCUUCACAAUAAUGCCGGUAUUUUUCUUAUGCUCUCGGCGCAAGUAUGCUCCACCAUCUUGGCGACAUUGGGGCGCAUCCUGGGAACGCAGCGUAGCGGCGGCUCAGGCACCACAACAGUCGGUACUUCCGAGAUACUCAUUGUAAUGAUGUCGAUAAUCACCAUUAUGUCAUGGACGUACAUAUUACUGUCCCCGACAGCCAUUCCUGGUGGUGCAUUCGGUCCUCCCAAGCUGCGCCCUCUACUCAUCGUAAGAGGCGUUGCGGGUUUCUUCGGUAUCUGGGGCUUCUACGUCUCUCUACGCUAUCUCGCAUUAGCUGAGGCGACACUGAUCAACUUCCUCGCGCCAAUUCUCGCUGCCCUUCUCCUCGGCUUAUUACCAGGUCAGCAGCGCUGCUCUGUCGCUCAAAUUCUCGCUGCUCUAAUUGCGGUCAUUGGCGUACUCUGUGUAUUGCAGCCAUGGAGCGCUCAUAUAACGAAUACGCCUAGAGAACAUGCGCUGGCCAUUGCUGCGGCACUCAUCGGUGUCUUCGGCGGCGCAGUCUCUUUCUUAACGAUGUCGUGUCUAGGAGAGCACGCACACCCGAUGACAACGGUUGCAUACUUUGCCCCCAUAUGUACGCUACUCAGCGGCGCAUCGCUCAUCAUACAGCAACAAGGCUUGAAUUUCCCAUCUACCGCCGUAGGAUGGCUGUUCGUGUGCGUGUUGGGCAUAUUGGGGUUCGCUAUGCAUUGGCUCCUGGCAGCGAGCUUGAUGACCGGCGAUUCGAAGAGAGCGCUUCACAUAGUAAACCUGCAGGUGGUGUUCGCUAUGUUAGCGGAUAAGAUUGUAUGGAGACUGGAGCCGGGAUGGUGGAAGUUCGCUGGUGCGGCAUUGAUCGUGGGGAGCGUUAUAUUCGUUGCGGCUGUGAAGGAACCUCAAGGAUACACACUGGUUGGAGAAGUCGAUGAAGAAGAGAAGAUUGAGACUGAAGAUGCCAAUCACUGA